AUGCUAUUUCAUCAUUUUGUUCCCUGCCUGGGUACACUUGAUAUAUCACUAAAUGACCAAUUUGAUUAUUCUCAAUUACAAGAUUUACUUGAUCGAUCAACUCAUCCCUAUUCGUUAUGUCUAAGUAAACUGACCAAUUUACGUAUGGAAUUAUUUCAAGCUAGAAGUACAUCAAUUCGUCGACUUGAAUUGAUAGAGAAAAAUGGAUCAGAUAGUCGGUAUUUCGACGAUAAAGAAUGUGUUGCCUUAGUCAAUUCAUCACUUGGACGUCAAUGUGAAGUUCUUGUAAUUUGUGUUCAAAAUCGAAAGACUAUUCUUGAUCUUACUAAAAACAUAAUCAAUCUUCGAACGUUGAUUAUUAGAUGUAAAAAUGAUAAAUGGAAUAAAACUGAAUUAUCAUCAAAUUUAGAUGAACUUGUGUUAUGGUUGCAUGAUCAUUUACCAUCUACAUGUUUGAUUAACAGGGAUAUGAAACAUCCAUAUUAUGUUCAAAUAUGGAUCGAUUGUAAACAAUGA